ACUAUAAAAUUGUAGUGGUACAAGUGGUAUUGGUAAAAACAGUGAUGGUGAUGUAGUGUUUUUAGGCAAAAGAAAGACUUUUACGAAAUUAUGAACUAUUUUAACAAUAUUGGAAUUGAAGCAUUAUGAUUUACAGGCCACAUGUCCGCAGACGAAAAAUAAAAUUUCGUACUGUCGGUACCGACUCAUAAUUGGCAAUCAUUAUUUGCAUAUCUCAAGACCAUUAUAUAAAUAAUAUUAUCUAAUCAAGAGAACAUCAUGGCUCAGGUGGUCAGUCAAAAACGUGGCCGGGGCUUAGGCACUGGUGAAACUUCUUCGGCUUCUAGUUCUACAAAUCAACUGUCAGCCUUAAGUACAGCUCCCGGAACUCUAACAGACGAACUAGCGGCACUUUUUGAAUGUCCAGUGUGUUUUGAAGUAGUUCUACCGCCCAUCAUGCAGUGUCAAGUUGGCCACUUGGUGUGUGCUAGUUGUCGACCCAAACUUUCCUGUUGUCCAACAUGUCGAGGUACCCUUGGCAAUAUUAGGAAUCUAGCCAUGGAAAAGGUGGCCAAUAAUUUAAUGUUCCCAUGCAAACACAAAUCGACUGGUUGUCGAAUGACUCUAGGACUUAACGAAAAAGCAGAACAUGAGGAGAUUUGUGAAUUUCGACCAUACAGUUGCCCUUGUCCCGGAGCCUCAUGUUCAUGGCAGGGACAAUUGGACAAAGUGAUGGUGCAUCUUCAACAUGCCCAUAAAAAUAUAACUACCCUGAACGGUGAAGACAUCGUAUUUUUAGCUACCGAAAUUAAUUUAGCUGGUGCAGUGGACUGGGUCAUGAUGCAAAGUUGUUUUGGACACCACUUCAUGCUGGUUCUAGAAAAACAGGAGAAGAAUGACGGCCAUACACAAUUCUUCGCAAUUGUCCAGCUUAUUGGAUCACGCAAACAAGCUGAACAUUUCGCAUAUAGAUUGGAGCUAAAUGGUAACAGAAGAAGAUUGAUCUGGGAGGCCAUGCCGAGGUCAAGUCAUGAAGGGGUCGCAUCUGCAAUUAUGGGAAGUGAUUGUCUUGUGUUCGAUAAUUCCAUUGCCCAACAUUUUGCAGACAAUGGAAAUUUGGGUAUCAAUGUUACCAUUUCCUUAGUUUGCUAAACGAUAGGUCAUACAAAAUAGGUGACAAUGAGACAAAAUAGCCACAAGGGUCUCUGCUUACUUGUUUUAAUUUUCAGCAAUAUAAUUUAAACUUGAUUUCAGUGACAAAACGAUUAAACAUUUGUUUUGAUAAUAUUUCUAGCAUUAACAUACACAACAUGUAAUAACUAUUAAACUAAAAAAACGAAUAAAAAUACUAGGGAGUCAAAUAAAAGUGCAAUACCUGAAAAUAUAUAUCAGCCAUGAUAGUUAUUGAGGGAGAGGAUGUCAAAACAGUUGAAAUUUCUGAACAUAUACAUACAGUUGCUAAUUUUCCUAAAACCUUUCUCAUAAGGUAGGUCAUAUUAUGUUGCAAAAUUCUAAUGGAACUAACCAAAAACUGAAAUAAUUCAUCAUCAGUUCUUUUUAUAGUAUUAAUAAUGUCUUCUAAUUAAGUUACUUUCACUUUCUGCAGUCUAAAAAUAACAAAAGGACAACUUAUUAACCUUUUUUUUAUAAGAAAAUGUAUUUUGUACACCUAUCGCAACUCGUCUUGAAUUACCCUCCUUGAACAUAUGAAAAGGUUGUCAUUUGUCAGGUGUUGUCAUCUGCCAGGCUGUCAGGUGUUGUAAAGCUAACCUCAACUUUAUUCUAAAUCAAGAAUAGAUAUUAAAAACCUAAUUUUCGUUAGGAUUUCACUGUGGUGGUAAGGGUAAUAUUGCAUUUGUUAAAAAAUACGUAGAGAUAAUCGAGCUCCUUCCUAUAAGAUAUGUAAAUACUGUUGAUUUAUAGGCAGAUACAAAUUAUAUUGCUGAUAUAAAUGUAAGAAAAGAGACCCUAUAUUUUAAUACGAGGUGCAGUACAGGUAUUUUGUUUUAGUUUCAUCUGAGUGUCUUAUGAUACACCUAUAUAACACCAAUAGUAGUAAUAUUAAGGAUUUGCUCUUAGAAUUAGAAUUUCCUUCAGACCAUAAGUCGUCUGUUCAUGCCUUAGAAUUUACACAGUGUUACGAUUUUCACACUGUAUGAAAAUAUCACCCACAUUUUUAAGCACCUAAGUUACAAGUUUGGUUAGAUGUUGAAUGUAACUUAAUAUAUUGUACAGGAUGUAAUUUAAAGCGUUGUAAAAAGUAACAGUUUUUCGAGGGUCAUUCGUAAAAAAAAAGGUUCUGUAAGCCGCUGAGACAGAGGGUGACGUACUGGGAGAAAUCUGGCAACACUGCCUUACACAUCAACUCUACCGCUCUCUCAUUUUACGACUUUCGCCUCGUUGCAUUGCUCAGUGUUGGCCUAGCAGCGUUCGAAGAUUGAGGUUACGAUCGUUGUUACGGCCGUAUGCUGUGAUACGUUUUUUAAAUGGAAAGUGGAUUUCACCUAUUGACAUUCAUCGUCAGUUAGUCGAAGUUUAUGGGUAAAAGUGAAUAUCUGUUCAACAUGUUCGAAAAUGGUGUAGAGAAUUCAGUGAAAGGCUUCCGCUCCGAUCUUUAUCGUGAAUUUCCGUUCGGACUUCACUGAAUUCUCUACACCAGUGGUUUUCAAUGUUUUUGAGCCAUGUACCACCAAAAUUCUUAUAAUUAUUUUUGGUACCACCUAACUGAAGUAUCUAUGGAGGUAGAUAAUCUAAUUAACUACAAAUAUGCUGAAUUUUGGCUGUGGUUUUGCGUUUUGUGUACCACCGCACCUAAUGAAAUGUACCACCAGUGGUACAUGUACCACAGAUUGAGAACCCCUGCUCUACACCAUUUGCGAACAUGUUUACCCAUAAUCUUCAAUCAACUGACGAUGAAUGUCAAUAGGUGAAAUCCAUUUUGCAUUUAAAAAACGGUUCCAUGACAUCUCGUAACGCGACAGUUCGUAACCGGACAAAUGGUAACGGACAAUUCGUAACAGCGACAGUUCGUAACUACACAAAUUCACAACGGACAAUUCGUAACGUCCAAAUAGAAUUAUUCUGUUUAUUUUUGUUAACGUGGAAACUUAUUAACUGUUAUUACAGUUAGAAGACGGAAUUAUAAUAACGGGUAAUUAUAAUCUUUCCUUUAAAAAAUGUUUACUUAGAAAGGUGGGAAUGUCUAAAGAUGGUUGUCGUCUUAAAGAUUUCACGAAUUACUUCAUUAUUCCUUUGUCUAGGUAUAUGCAAAUUUAAGGAACAAUAAGAGGGAUAAACUUUUUUAAAAAUAUUGUUAAACGUUUGUAUGUACACAUUUAAAUAUUUGUUUGUGUUUAAAGACUUUUAAUAUAUUCUGAAACACGAAAUAUAAAAUGUGGUAUGUGUUUAUCCUGGUACUGAUUCGUUAAAUUGAUAAACACAAUUUCAAUUAUAACUCUAAUAACAGUUUCCACGUUAACAAAAAUAAACAGAAUAAUUCAAUUUUGACGUUACGAAUUUGUAUAGUUACGAAGUGUCGCCGUUACCACUUGUCCGGUUACGAAUUGUGGCGUUACGAGAUGUCUGGUCACGUUAAAAAACGUAUCACAGCAUGAAUUUCACAUUGGUUGUAACAGCUACCGGGAACUCCAUCUUCGAAGGCUGUUAGGCUGACACUGAGCAAUGCAGCAAGGCGAAAGUGGUGGAGUGAGAGACAGACAGAGUUAAUGUGUAAGGCAGUGUUACCAGAUUCUCUCAGCACGUCGCACUCUUUAUCAGCGGCAAAGGGCACCUUUUUUUACGAAGGACCUUCGUAGUAUCAGUGGUUUAGUAAUUAUUUUGUAUUCACAAAGAUAUCGUUCUAGCGAUUGUAUUGUUUUACUUGUACAGAUGUGGCUAGUUAAAAAUGUGAUUAAAAUUUUUUGAGAUAAUAAACAUAAUUUUUGGAACAAAAUAAAGCAUUUUCACGAUUAUUAUAACAAAUACUAAUACGUUUAUUACCUGUUUUUGUUGUAUAGCAGUAAUAACCUGACCUGAAAUAUAACUUAGUAUUUCUAUAAGAUUGUUAUCACAGAUAGUAUUAUAUGUAUAUGAAUUUAGAUCAAUUUUACGUGAUCUACACACAAUAUAGACAUCACAGUUAAAGAGAUUUAACAAGGUGCAGUUUUUAUAAAUAUGUAACUUUGGUUUUUAACUAGACAUAUCUCGUACUCAUGCAAGUCAAUGCAGAUGUUUUUGCAUGACCCAAUACAAAAAGAAACUAAAUUAACCACUGAUAUGUUUCACUAAGUUGAAAUAUCGUUGGUACAGUACAAUUGAACCUAAUUUGUCCAUUUUAAUAGGCUUCUUUCAUCAAAAUCAUGUCUUAGGAUGUCCAACUUAUUUUUGUUAUAUUUUACAUACAUUUUGUUUUUGAGCAUUUGUUCUUUAACCCUUUAACGGACAGAACUAUUUUUGUUUAUAAAACCAAUUUUUUAAUCGACGUUACAAAGUCAAAAUCUAAAAAUAACCUCUUUUAUUGAGUCAAAUGCUUUCUCAAAGUCUACAAAUAUUAAUUUCAAUGACUUGUAUUCUAUAUAAUGUUCUCUAUCAAUGACUUUAUUACUUGUAGUUGGUCAUUCGUUGUAAUGCCACUCCAAAAUCCGACUUGCUCCAGUAGUUUUCCUCUUGGCAUUUCCGGUAAACUUUCCACUAUUUCGUCUUCCUUUAAGUGUUCUUCUGCCAGCUCUCCCCCAAAUAUUUCCGUGUUUUUUCAAAGAUUCUAAUAUUUCUAUUUUCUCCGUCUUUAGUUGACUGUUUUUGUCUUUUAUUGCUCUUAUUUCUUUUCUUUUGGUAACCUGCUCUUUUUGUUACGUUUCUCUUUGUCAUCUAUUCCUUCUUAUCGAUUUCUAUGACUGUUUGGUUAUAUUUCUUCCAGGCAGUUUCUUUUCCUUUAUUAACGUUUUGAUUUCUUCACUCCACCAUUCUAUCCUCUUAAAAUGUUUGUUAAAUUUUCUUAUUCCCCAUAAUUCUUACACCUUAAGAAUUAUUGUUCUUUGGAAUAUUUUCCAUUUUUCUUGGAGAUUUCUUUAGAUUUCUUCUUCACUUUCUAAAUUUUUGAACUCUUUGUUUCGUGUUUGUAUUUUUCUUGUAUUUCUCUCUUCUUUAGUGUCAAACUAAAACUAAUAUGGACUCCUUAUAGAUAUAUCUUCCAGAGAACAUUGUGUAUAUUAUAUGACUAUCAGCAACUGUUACAGGGUUAAAUAAAACGAUUAGUUUACAAAAUAAUUGUAAUAAAACUUUGUAAAUUGAAAAUUUUGAAACUGUGCCAACGAUAGAUCAAUAUAUAUUAUUUAUAACAUUUCAAAGGUAGCUUAUGUGUUCAGCUACUACGACUGAUGUAUAGUAACUUGAUUUUAUUAUUUUUUGAUGUCUCAUUUUCACUUACUUUCGGUUGAGUUCUAGUUUUUACUGAUUUUUGUUUUAUAUUACUUUCUAAUUACAUACUGUUUAUUCCAAGAUAUUCUUUAAUAUUAAACAAAUAUUAAUAUUAAAUUUACUCAGUUUCCUGUAGUAUUGGAAACUACUACGCCGAGCUUUCAAUUUACUUUCUGGAGUCAUCAUCCCUAGAUCACUUCACUAUUUUAUAGUUGGCUAUUUACUGAUACCACGCUGAAAUGACCUGGGGAGUCUUUCCGAACUUGGUUGUAAUUGAAAGUGAAAAAGAUCUGAAAUAACCGUUUUUGUCUAGUAUGUUAGGUAUAAUUAUUUUUACUCUUACUGUGAGUGAUUAACUAUUUGUUAUUCUUGGAGUAAAUCGUAAAGGACGUUAUAGAUUGGUAUUUUAUUCACCUACAAACAGUCUGCAUGUGUUGUUUUUGUCGAUUUGUUGUAUUAGUUUUAUAUUCUAUCUACUUGGAAUAAUAAAUUAUACGCUAAACAUUGAUAAAAAACAAUGAUUUUAGGCCAGAUUUUUUUAAUCAGUUACUCAAACGUACUGAGGUGUUUAGCGUUAAAAUUUUAUUACUCUGGGAUAUUUUUUAUUAGUAGUUGAUCCCAUUUAGGCAUUGACUAACUAUUGUGAUAUAAAAGUACAGCUAAAGUAACAGAUAUUCAUUUUUCUUACAUAUUGCUAGCGUUUUGGGAUUUAGGAACCAAAAACACAAACAUGUCUAUUUAGCUUGUAGACGAAUUUUCGUAUAAUUCUAGCCUGGAAAAGCAACAAAUAAUUUUAACGGUCGAAAACAAACAUUUUGGAAAAAUAACUAUCUAAAACAAUCCAUAAUAACAAUUAUGGUGAUAUAGAAAAUACAAAUGCCUUAAUCACCCAUACAUAACCUAAGCUAACCUAACAAAAGCAUGUUUAAAGUUGGGGCACACCUAGGAAGCUUUAAAUUCUUAAGGGUGUAAACCCUGUAGUUGGCUGUAUUUCUUCAAUAUAACAACGUGGAAUGAAGUAAACACUUCUGUUGUAUGUAGGCAUAUGAAUUUUAAAAAUUCUUAAAAUUUAUCCACAAGGGAGUGGAAGUACAAAACGUUUUCGGUCAAACUGACCAUCAUCAGUGUAAACGUCCAGUGUACAAGUAAUUGUAACUAGCCACUUCAAUAGGUGUAAAAACCUCUAAAUUACAUUAUCGUUACAUUCUAUAUUAAAAAGUAGUCGACAUAAAGUCGAUGUCUUAAGAUUUUAAAGAUCACAUAUGAAUGUAUUUUAUCCUUGCUCGAAAAUUGCACAAGGUACUUGUGUUCUAGUGAGAGGUUAAUGACCAACUUAGUUGUGAUCACACCAACAUGUGAUCUUUAAAAUCUUAAGACAUCGACUUUAUGUCGACUACUUUUUAAUAUAGAAUGUAACUUGACUUGACGUAAUUGAUGUAAUUUAGAGGUUUGUACACCUAUUGAAGUGGCUAGUUACAAUUAUUUGUACACUGAUGAUGGUCAGUUUGACCGAAAACGUUUUGUACUUCCACUCCCUUGUGGAUAAAUUUUAAGAAUUUUUAAUAAAUUCAUAUGCCUACAUACAACAGAAGUGUUUAUUUCAUUCCACGUUCUUUAAAUUCUUGUUACAGACUAUUACUAAAAAAGUGGGCCGUUUCCGCAAAUAGAGUUAAUAAUUUUUGAGAAUUAUAAAAUGCCAGAUCAAGUUUGAUGACAAGUGGCGUAGCAAUUCUUUCUCGAGACAAGAGACCACAUUGAUCCAUCGUUUUUGCUCAAAUUUGUUAAUGACGUCAACUUUUUGACUUUUCUAGGCUGUAUUUACAUCCUUCAGUGCCUAAUUGAAAAUUUUAAACGUUAAAAUAGUAGAAAAUCAUUUCCUACAGUAUUAUUUCAUGUUAUUAACUGUCAUUAACUUCAAUUAUUAACUGACUUAUUAUUUAUAUUUUUAAAAUUGUUCCAAGUUUUGCUUUGGUGAGUAUUCCUGUAUAAAUUAACGAAUUGGCUUUUUUGAUGGAAACUGUCUUUUACCCCGGCCAGUUUUGUACCCAUUGCUUCAGUCAUUUGAAAUCAUACCCUCAUGCAAGCAUUGAUUAACCAAUUCGCUUGCUGAUUUUAGUAGGAUUUCUCCUGCUUUUAUUUUCACAACAUCACCAGGCGAUGGGUGGUGCUUCAUUUCCGUUAAAGCUGAUCUUACUUCUGACACUAUAAUGGAUAAAAGUACUUCAGAUCCCCGAUUUAUGAGAGUCCUCACUCGUGUCGAGAAAUUGUCUUGUGGUGUGAUUAGUAUACAGGUCUUUAUAAAACUCUCUAGAUAUUUUCAGAAUGUCUUGUUUAUCUGUAGUUGCCUUUCCGUCUUGGGGUCCGGACAAAUAAUCCCGGAUAGAAAAUCCUCACAAAUUAUCCCUUGACAAAAAAUCCCCGAACAAAAAAUCCCCAUAAAAAAUCCCGGACAAAUAAUCCCCACAAAAUUUUUUGGACAAAAUAUCCCCACAAAAAAUCCCCAAGAAAUAUCUGCUGCCGAAUAUUUCUCUAAAAGUUUUCCCGAAAUUUUAACAAAUUUCGAAUUUCAAUUCCAUGCUGAAAACUUCAAAUUUUACAUGACAAAAGAGUGUGAGUUUUUUCAAAAAUCGUGGAAGAUAUGGGGAAUGAGAUAAGGCCCGUUUUCAUGACAGGCGCUUAACGCGCGAUUACAACUACAUACGUUUUAUUGAAGACCGUUCACAUGCAAACGCGCGUUUUAGGUCAUUAAGACGCGCGUUGGCAUGUGAACGGUCUCAAGUAAAAUGUAUAAUAUAGUUGUAAUCGAGCGUUAAGCGCCAGUCAUGAAAACGGGGCCUUAGCUCAUUCCCCAUAUCUUCCACGAUUUUUGAAAAAACUCGCACUCUUUUGUCAUGUAAAAUUUAAAGUUUUCAGCAUGGAAUUGGAAUUCGAAAUUUGUUAAAAUUUCAGGAAAACUUUUAGAGAACUAUUCGACGGCAAAUUUUUCUUGGGGAUUUUUUGUGAGGAUAUUUUGCCCAAAAAAAUUUGUGGGGAUUAUUUUGUCCGGGGUUUUCUGUGGGGAUUUUUUGUCCGGGGAUUUUUUGUCCGAGGAUUUUUUGUCAAGAGAUAAUUUGUGGGGAUUUUUGUCCGGAAUUAUUUGUCCUAGCUUCUCCGUCUUUGCCUCACAGCUUGUAUAUCUCUUUUUUACUGUGUGUGAGUUCUCUUUUCAUUACCUUUAAACCUUCGUUCUCUUCUACUGUUUGAGUAAUUGCAUUAGCAUUGUAUCUUCUUACUUCUUUUCUAAUUUCUGCUAAAACUAUUUUAUUUGGUUUCUUACAUUCUUCUGUGUUUCCUCGCUUAGAUUUCGUCGUAUUUCCAUUAGAGCUUUUGUAUCUUUGCUAAUCUUUUCGCUUUUGAUGUCAUUUUUCUUGCAAAAUUUGAGUUGUGCGUUUUUAGCCGCGUCUUGUUAUUAAUUUAUUGUGAUCGUGAAUACUUAGAGGUUUGCAAUUAUUACUCUGUAUAGUUUCGGCUAUAUUUUUUAUGUAUUCUAUGUAUGCUUCUGGCUGCUUUGGUGGACUCCAAACUAUGCGUUUGCAACUGUUUUAUCAUCUUUGUUUUUUUUUUGUAGGUUUAUCGUUACUCUGACUCUUACUAGUCCGUGAUCGAUCGCUUCCUACUGAUAGUUUAUUGAGUACAGUUACAUCUUGAACAAUUUGUUUUUGUCUGUUAUUAUUUUAAUCACAUUCACUUUUAGUUCUUCCGUCUGGACUAACGCACGUCCAUUUCUUAUUCUGUUUUUUCUUAAAAAAAUAUUGAUUGCAACAGAAAGUUAGUAAAUUUGAUAAGAUUUUAGUUUGACGUGGUCGUCAUCUCUUCUAUUGACUUCUCUUAUUCCUAAAAUAUCCUAUUUGGCAUGUUUGAGUUCUUCCUUCAGUUCUGUCAUUUUUUUCAUCUUUAGAUAAGGUUCUUACAUUAUAUAUAAUUAUGUGCAGCGUUAGUCGUUGUUGGUAGCCUCCUAAAACCCGGGAAUUUUUAUGUCAUACUGUCAUUAAAAAUGUCGAUACCGUCAUAUUUUUGACAGAUGUCAAAUAAAUUCAAAAUCAAAUCGGACAGUUGACAGAUGUCAAAAAUAAAUAAAAAGUACAAAGUUUAUCAGAACGUGCGAAAUUAGACAAUAAAUUGACCUGUUCAUGCAGUUUUCAUAAAAAUCAAAGCGUGCCAAGUUAUUAGGGAUAGCCAAUACAUUCUUGUCGAUUUUACAAAAACAGAAAAGGAUAUAAAAUAUUUUUCUUCACAAUAUAUAAUGAUUAUAGACCACAUUACCUCCGUCAAUAUGAGCUAAUGAUAUUGGGUGACACGUAGAAAGCUUAACUUGGAAUAAUUAUAAAGAAAUAUUAUCUUUAGUAUUAUUAUAUGCAUCUAUAACAACUGAAAUUAGUUUUUAUUUAUAACCAAUAGACAUUUUGUGUUACAAAGUAUAGAGAAGUAGUUCCUAAUACCUAUCCUAUGUAUAUCUUAUUUCUUCAUUGUUACAAAAUAUGUGUCUGAAUGUUACCCAAAAAGUGUGUGCUUGAACAUGUUCUCUGAAAAAAGAAGAAGGUAUAAGCCACGAAGGCUGUACACUCUAUAAAUAUGUUAAGGAAAAAACACGCAACUACAUGUGAAGUCAAUAAAAAGUCUGUCCUGAAUGUUAAAGUCAUAAAGAAAUAAAAAUAAGAGAGUGCUUGAUUCCAUAGAUGUGACCGGCACAGUGUGACGUCACUCGAUGCUAGUGACUCGAUGAACUACUUACUCAACUAAGCGGCCAGAACAGGGAAAGCGGGAAAUUUAAAAUAAUUCUAUAUUUCUCUCACAACUUUUCAGUAAAAUAGGAUGGAAAAAAACUACGCACAUAUUAUUUUUAUUAAUCUUUAUUGAAAUUUAACCUACCUACUUGCGAAACACUCUUUUGUCACACUAUUAGUUUUUUAUUUGUAUGUACCGGGUGUCCCAAUAAGAAUGGCGCUCGGCCAUAUCUCAGGAACCGUUUAUAGUACAGCUUUGGGAAAAAACAUUUUAUAACAAAAGUUGCCUCGAGAAAAGCCUGGAAAUUAUUUUCAUAAUUGUAAGCCCACCGCUAGAGGGCGUAAUUGAAUAUCAAAAAUUAAAAAAUCGAAAUUUUACAAAAUUUGCCCAAUGAAAGGGCACUGGAAAUGCGAUAAUCAUAUUCUUCAUAAAAUUCUGCGCAUAUUUUAUUUCACAAGUUUAAGUCUACCUCUGCAAAUAAGAGGUGGGGGUGAGUGGGAACCUUGUUAUAAAAAAAUCGCUGUAAGUCCGGUUCUGCUUAAUCGAUUUUUGCAAACUUGGUCUUGUUGAAAACAGCUCUUUUUCGUCAAUGUAAUAGUUAUAAUUUGGAAACAGCCUAUUACGUAAUAUGUCGGCUAGGAGGCGCUUUUUAUUUUCUUUUUAGAAAUCUAGUUUUCUUUGGAAAAUAUUAAAUACAAUUAUGUAUUUUUUUCCUGUAUUACAAAAUUAGACCAAAUUAGCAACAGAAUACCGAAAACCGCAUGUCUAUACCUUUUUUCUAUCUCGAGAUAUCUUAAGAAACGUGUAAAUUUUAAACAUAACUGUUGCUGUCAUAUAAGUGGAAAUAUUAUAUAGAAGCAAGUAGUGUGCUAUGGAAAAAAACAAAAAACAUUUUCCAGAUGUCACCGUAUAUAAUAAAUCAAAACAAAAUAUGAAAUACUCUACUACUGGGGUGACGUCUUUGGGGAUAUUUCAUUGCAUAUAUUCUAGCCGCAAAAGUUGCAUUUCUUAUGCAUUCAAAGAAUAUGGCUAUCAUGUCAAAUGCUUCUUAGUUUGUAAGAAUCAUCUUGAAUUUCACUCUAUAAAUUUUAUAUAAAAUUUAAUAGAAACAAACCGCAACAAACCAUCAAUGAACAAAUUUUUAUGUUUUACUGAUUUGACACAUGAUGACUUUUUGAAGUUAAUACUUCUAAUAGUUCUAUUUUUUUCCAUAGCACACUACUUGUUUCCACUUUGACUUCCUAACUUAGUUUACCGGUGACAAUAACAGUUAUGUAUUUAUCUUAGUUGGGAAUAGGAUAAUUGAUAUUAAAAUAUAAUGAAAUAAAAAUUAAAAAUUUGUGUAGAAAAUCUGACGUUUCUACAUUUUCUACGAUUCAUCGAGAGAAAAGCAAAUGCGCGGAGGCGACAAUUCAAGAAAAUUUACAUAUUAACGCUAUUUUUUUGGUAUUAUUUUAAAUACUAAAAUUAGUGUAAUAUUUAAAUAAAAAUAAAAUUAAACUGUUUAAAAUAUAUUUAUUUCGUUAAAAUCAUAAUAAUAGAAUUAUAACUUCUUACUCGCGUACAAAGUACACACACUCUUUUUUUGUUAUAUUUUAUAGUGUUAUUUGUCUUAUUGUUGUUUUGAUUCAUUAUAUUCGGUGACAUCUGGAAAAUGUUCCUUUGUUUUUUUCCAUAGCACACUACGUGCUUCUAUAUAUUUCCACUUAUAUGACAGCAACAGUUGUUUAAAAUUUACACGUUUCUUAAGAUAUCUCGAGAUAGAAAAAAGGUAUCGACAUGCGGUUUUCGGUGUUCUGUUACUAAUUUGGUCUAAUUUUGUAAUACAAGAAAAAAAUACAUACUUGUAUUUAAUAUUUUCCAAAGAAAACUAGAUUAAAAAAAAAUAAAUAGCGCCUUCUAGCCCGCAUAUUACAUAAUAGGCUGUUUCCAAAUUAUAACUAUUACAUUGACGAAAAAGAGCUGUUUUCAACAAGACCAAGUUUGUAAAAAUCGAUUAAGCAGAACCGGACUUACAGCGAUUUUUCAUAACAAGGUUCCCAGUCACCCCCACCUCUUAUUUGUACAGGUAGACUUAAACUUGUCAAAUAAAAUAUGCACAGAAUUGUAUGAAGAAUACGAUGAUUGGAUUUUCAGUGCCCUUUCAUUGGACAAAUUUUGUAAAAUUUCGAUUUUUUAAUUUUUGAUAUUCAAUUACGCCCUCUAGCGGUGGACUUAAAAUUAUAAAAAUAAUUUCCAGGCUUUUCUCGGGGCAACUUUUGUUAUAAAUUUUUUUUUCCCAAAGCUGUAGUAUAAACGGUUCCUGAGAUAUGGCCGAGAGCCAUUCUUAUUGGGACACCCGGUACAUACACUAUAUUAUAUACACUAUGUACACUACAUCUAUUAGUCUAUUAUCAGUUGUGUAAUUCCAAUUUGUACUGUAUUAUCAGCUUAACAGUUAUCAGUACUAGUAAGUGCCUGAAACAAAAAUAAUAUAAAUCACUCGAAAACAUGGAAUUAAUUUUAGUAGAAUGCAGUAAUUAAUCAUUUCAGUGUUUGAGAAGUUAUCUCCUAAAAUGAAAGCAAUUUCGCUUUGUUGUACUACACGGCAUAUGAAUGUUAUUUAAAAAAUCGAUAUUUCUAGACUUAUAUAAUAUUAAAAUUGUAUUUCCACCUACCAAUAUUCAAUUCCACCAAGUCAAUAUAUUUAAAUGAAACAAUUCAGUAGAGCAACAAAUUGAAGCAUAAAAACACAACCUAAAAAGUCAAUGUCAACAAUGUAACUUUUCACGGUACAAUAAAUUCUUUCUAUGGUAAAAAUUUUAGUUUAACUGCGCAGAAACAAAUGUGAUCAAUUUGCCCUAUCUUUUGACCACUUUCUUAUUUUUAUUUCUCUAUGGUUAAAGUACAACAAUCUUCAACUACAAAAUACACAUCACAAGUUAAGGCUAUUUCAGUUUCCUAUUUCUAGUCUUAUUUAUUCAUUUUCAAAACUCAAAAAGCAAUGUAAAGGUGAAGUGCCUCACAAAAAUAGCUUCUGAAUAGUAUUAAAAAUAUUUUGUAACAUUGUUAAUACUCUUAUAUGCUAUUUUUACUUUGUUUCACAGUAGUUUAACUUGUUGCCUUAUAAAUAAUCAGUUUUAGCAAAUAUCUCUUUGGUAUUAAGCAUAAAAUAUAAAAUAAACUAUGGUGGUUGAUCUUUAUGCUUUAUUGCUAAAUAAAUAUGUGAUCAAUGCUGAGAUUCCUCAAGGAAACAACAAUAUGAUAGUGUUUUCUCCUUAACCAAAUCUGGCUAUAUAUUUUUAUAUUUUACAAGUCAUUUAAUCACUGAAAAAGUCAUAUUACGCUUAAAAGCAUAACUUUUGUUUCGUCUACUUUUAACAUGAUCUUAGAAAAUAAGUUUUGAGAGGUUAUGAAGUGACUUUGUGGAAAAUAUAUUUAGUUAUGUAGGUAGUCUUCAGAUUUAGGAUAAAAGUUUUGUACUUAACAAUUUGUGCAUGAAUAAUCUCUAAAAUAUUACUACUUCAAUGAAUACUGACUGUAUCUGCCAUUAGCAAUACAUUAAAUAUAUUAUAAACGUGUUUAGUUAUGUUUAUAAACUACCUGCAUGCAAGUUAUUACAUGCAGAUUAGAUACAUGUAGACAUCCGUUUGUAGAUGCUUGUCUCCAGGAUCUUCUUGGUCUUCCCUAUUUCCUGCGUUUGGUGGGGAUCCACUGUAACAUUCUCUUUGGCCAUCUUUGAUCAUUCAUCCUUUCGACAUGGCCAUACCAUGUCAGACUUUUGCAUCCUAUAGAUUCAGGAUGUCAUUAUCUGUACCUAUACACUCUCUGGUUUCAGCAAUCCUUACUCUAUCUCUUCUAGUGAUUUGGCAACAUCUACGCCAAUAAUUUAUUUCCAUUGCUUUCUAUGAUACUUUUGUAUAUCCUCAUUUUUGUGUUUCGAGUGAUGUGAUUCUUCAGAGUGAUGUGAUUCUUCAGUUGACGUAUUGCUGAAUUACCUUGACCAAUUCUAGUAGCUAUUUCUUUUGUACAUAUUCCAAUCAUCGUUUGUAAUGCUUACAUAUAGAUAUUUAUAGCUAUCAGUAUCUUGGAUUUGUGUGUCUCUUAGUAGUUCUAAGUGUCUUCCUUCACCUUCCACUACUACAUACGCUGCUCUUCUGUCUUUUCCUACUCUACUAUUGACUUCUUUAAACUCCUCUGUCCCUUUCCCUCCUUUUUUUUUAUUGCUGUAAGGACUGAUAUCUAGAUAAUCAUUAAGUUCUUCAAACUUAUAAUUUGCUUAAUGUUUUUCUGAUAUAACAUAAUGUUUUUAGAUAUCACUCUAGUUAGUUAUGGUUUUCUGGUGUGUCAGCAAUUUUUCUGCUAGCUUUCAGCUAGACUGUAGGUGUAUAGCUAAUUUCUGGUAUAGCAGUUGCUUUCUUCUUCUCAGUCCUAUCUGUGAAGUCAAGUUACGUUAGGUAUUUGAUACCUUCUACGCACAGUUCCAUCAAUUAACAGUCUACAAAACAGUUUACCAAAGAUGCUGGGUACUGCCUAUAUGAAAUAUGUAAAAAUAAAUUAUAGAUUCUGAAUAUAUUUUCCGACAAAACUAUGUACAUUGUAUUAAUACAUUUUUAUGUACUUGUAAGUUUUAGAUAAAAUACCUAAUUUUUAAUAAAAUUAUCAAAUUCGAAUUUUUUGCCAGGUUAUGACAGAUAAGUUUGUAUAAACAGUAUUUAAUAGAAACAUUGAUACAGUUUUGUAUAUUAUUAGUUUCUUGUUUACUAUAUUAUUAGCUUUGUAAUUAUUUUGUAAUGUAAACUAUAAUUUGCAAUAAAAAAAGUAAUUUUUU